AUGUCCUCCGGGAAGAGACGGACGUUUUCCGUAUCCUCGCUGCAGCACAAGCGUCGGCUCAGCAUCGCUGCCGCCAGAUGUUUCCCAUCCCCACUCCCCCAGAUCCGCCCCACGAGCACCCUUUCCUCUAUCGUCGAUCUGCGAUCUGCGAAGACUAACAGAUGUUGUAACGGUCCCUACGGCCAAGCCCUCUCGCCCCGUUUCCUCGGAAUCUCGGCCGUGGUGUGCGAUGACAGUGACACCGACAGCAGCGGCAACGGCGACAACACCGUGCUGGUGUCCAUCGCAACGCACGACCAUACCUACCUCAUCGACUACAGCGUCGAGAAGCUGAAGCUCGGCACCCCCUCACAGGAGGGCCGAGAUGUCAUCGCGGAUUACGUGAUCGCCCAGGUGAAGAAGUAUGAGGAGGACAACUUCGUCAAGUUCAUCGGCGCUGGACUCCCCGUCGAUCUGAGCAAGCGGAGCCCUACCCUCAACUCCCGCCUCUGGCUCGAGGUCGAUGUCAUCCCCGUCGACAUCGACGUCGACAAGUCUGAAGAAUCCUUCUGGGAUGACAAGAACGUUGACGAGCAGGCCGACUCUAUGGCCCGCAAGUGCGUGAUGGUAUUUGGGCCAUCCCUGAUCCCUAUCCUCCAAGUCGGUUUCCGUGGGGCCGUCAUGAGCGACGCCGGGUUUAGGGCGCGCCUUACGACCCUUAACGACUACAAGUCGACGUGCGGCAGCGCCACCUGGGACGUCACGAUGCACUAUGCCAACCGACUAAAGGCUAAGAAGAUCAAGAUCGCCUUCUUCAGCGCGACCCCACAAGGCGGCGGCGUGGCGCUCAUGCGACACGCGCUCGUCCGGUUUGCACGGGUCGCCGGGGUCAACCUGACGUGGUACGUGCCGAAGCCACGCCCGGGCGUAUUCCGUAUCACCAAGAACAUGCACAACAUCCUCCAAGGCGUCAGCCAGCCGCAUGAGCGCAUCAGCGAGGACGAGCAGCUAUCGAUUACGGAUUGGAUCACCGAGAAUGCCAACCGCUACUGGCUCUCUAAAGGGGGCCCAUUACGCCCCGUCGAAGAAGGCGGUGCCGAUGUCAUCGUGAUCGACGAUCCCCAAAUGCCCGGCCUCAUUCCGUUAAUCAGGGAGGUCACGCCGAACAGGCCCAUCAUUUACCGGUCGCACAUCCAGAUCCGCAGCGACCUCGUUGCUGAGAGCGGCUCGCCGCAGGAGCAGGCAUGGAGCUUCCUGUGGGACAAGAUCCGCCAGGCCGAUUCGUUCGUAAGCCACCCCGUGCCCAAGUUCGUGCCGCACAACGUCCCCCGCGAUCUGGUCACGUAUAUGCCGGCAACCACAGACUGGCUCGAUGGCUUGAAUAAGCCGUUGAAUGAUUGGGACACCGCCUACUACGGAAGUAGUUACAAUGUACAGUGCAGUGCACAAAAUAUGACGCCCUUGAGGUACCCGGACACCAAAUAUAUCAUUCAAGUCGCGCGGUUCGAUCCGGCAAAGGGCAUCCCCACAGUCAUAGACGCCUACGGCGAAUUCCGCCGGCGUGCUCUUGAGCUAGGGCUGGAGGAUAUCCCACAACUGGUUCUCACCGGAAACAGCUCGAUCGACGAUCCGGACGGAAACAUCAUCUACGACCAGGUGAUGGACCAAAUCGAGACGCGGUACUCCGAGUACGCGAACGACAUCAGCGUGAUGCGGCUGCAGGCGAACGACCAGCUGCUGAACACGCUGAUCGCGAAGGCGCACGUAGUUCUGCAGCUGUCGACGCGGGAAGGGUUCGAGGUCAAGGUGUCGGAGGCGCUGCACGCGGGGCGCCCCGUGAUCGCGACGCGGGCGGGCGGCAUCCCGAUCCAGGUGAAGGACGGCGAGAACGGGUUCCUCGUCGAGCCAGGGGAUCACACGGCCGUCGCGCAGCACCUGCUCGACCUCUUCACCGACGACGCGCUCUGGGACCGCAUGAGCGCGGCGGCGAGCGCCGGCGUCAGCGACGAGGUCGGCACCGUCGGAAACGCCCUCUGCUGGUUCUACCUCGCCGACAAGCUCGCCGAGGUGGACGGCGCCUUCAAGGGCAAGGAGGAGUGGGUCAACGACCUCGCCCGUCUUGAGGCCGGCCGCCCGUACGAGGUGGGCGAGAACCGGCUCCCGCGCGAGUUCACCCAGCACAAGGCGGUCUGA